CCAGCUCACUGCUUCUUCUGUGUUGUACUCUCACUAGAGUACAACCCACAGAACCCUUGAACUACGACAAUCAAAACCCUCAAUUCAAACCAAAAAAAGAAUCCCAAAACCCUAGCUCUGUACUAAGUUUGUUCUAUUUUCACUUUCAUGUAUGCUAAUGUAUGCUGAUGUAGAUCAAAACUAAAAAGAAGCAAAACAAAAACCAUAUAUCUAAGACCUUCUAAUUUCCUAAAAGAAAAAAAUGGCAUAUUUAUCCCUCUCUAAGCCCUACAAAUCUCGUGUUUAUCACACUAUCCCCAGACUGUCACUCCAUUUCUGCACUUUAACUCAAGAUCCAAUCCCCUCUGUAACCCAAAUCUCCAAUCCCCAAUCUGAGACAUUAAAUGAUGCAGCAGCAGCAGCAGCAGCAGCAGCAACUCAAGAGAAUCAAACCCAAACUUACCAGCGAAUCCCUCGAGGUAAGCGCCCAGACCCAGAAAAAGUAGAAGAUACAAUCUCUAGAAUGAUGGCUAACCGACCCUGGACGACCCGUUUACAGAACUCAAUUAGGAAUUUAGUUCCUCAUUUUGAUCAUUCUCUAGUUUAUAAUGUUCUGCACGCUGCUCGUAACUCCGAGCACGCGCUACAGUUCUUCAGGUGGGUCGAGCGAGCCGGGUUGUUUAAAAACGACCGCGAUACCCAUAUGAAGAUCAUUGAGAUUCUUGGUCGAGCUUCAAAACUUAAUCAUGCUCGUUGUAUUCUUUUGGAUAUGCCUAAAAAGGGUGUUGAAUGGGAUGAGUAUAUGUUUGUUGUGUUAAUUGAGAGUUAUGGUAAGGCUGGGAUAGUUCAAGAGGCUGUUAAGAUUUUUAAUAAAAUGAAUGAAUUGGGUGUUGAGAGGAGUAUUAAGAGUUAUGAUGCUUUGUUCAAGGUGAUUUUGAGAAGAGGUCGGUAUAUGAUGGCUAAAAGGGUUUUCAACAAGAUGUUGAAUGAUGGGAUUCAGCCAACUAGACAUACUUAUAAUAUUAUGCUUUGGGGAUUUUUCUUGUCGCUGAGGUUAGAGACUGCGAUGAGGUUUUAUGACGAUAUGAAGAAUAGAGGGAUAUCACCUGAUGUGGUUACUUAUAAUACUAUGAUUAAUGGGUUUUAUAGGUUUAAGAAGAUGGAGGAGGCAGAGAAGUUGUUUGUGGAGAUGAAGGGGAAGAAUAUAGCGCCUACAGUUAUAAGUUAUACCACUAUGAUUAAAGGUUAUGUUGCAGUUGAUAGAGUGGAUGAUGGGUUGAGGUUGCUUGAGGAGAUGAAAUCAUUUAAUAUCAAACCUAAUGUUCAUACUUAUUCGACUUUGUUGCCGGGGCUUUGCGAUGCUGGGAAAAUGACUGAGGCUAAGGAUAUUUUGAUAGAGAUGGUGGCAAGACAUCUUGCUCCAAAGGAUAAUUCAAUUUUUUUGAGGUUGUUAUCUUGUCAGUGCAAGGCUGGGGAUUUGAGAGCUGCUGAGGAUGUGCUAAAUACAAUGAUGCGACUGCACAUACCAACAGAGGCUGGACAUUAUGGUGUCUUGAUAGCGAAUUUCUGCAAGGCUGAGGAGUAUGAUCGGGCAGUGAAGUAUUUGGACAAGCUUAUUGAGAAAGAAAUUAUUUUGAGGCCACAGAGUACGUUGGAAAUAGAAUCCAAUGCUUAUAACCCAAUGAUUCAGUAUUUAUGCAGUCAUGGGCAAACAGGAAAAGCAGAAAUCUUUUUCCGGCAGUUGAUGAAAAAGGGUGUUCAGGAUCCACUUGCCUUUAAUAAUUUGAUCUGUGGGCAUGCCAAAGAAGGUUAUCCUGAUUCUGCCUUUGAAAUUGUCAAAAUUAUGGGUAAAAGAGGGGUUCCUCGAGAUGCAGAUGCUUACAGGUUAAUCAUUGAGAGCUACUUGAGGAAAGGUGAGCCAGCUGAUGCCAAAACAGCUUUGGAUGGUAUGCUUGAAGAUGGGCAUGUUCCAGAUCCAUCUGUGUUCAGGUCAGUGAUGGAGAGUCUGUUUGAAGAUGGAAGAGUUCAGACUGCUAGCCGUGUUAUGAAGAGUAUGGUCGAAAAGGGGGUGAAGGAAAAUAUGGACUUGGUAGGUAAGAUUUUGGAAGCUCUCCUCAUGAGAGGUCAUGUUGAGGAAGCCCUUGGACGAAUUGAGCUGCUAAUGCAGAGUGGUUUUCAUGUCAAUUUUGAUGAUCUUCUGUCUGUUCUUAGUGAGAAAGGGAAGACAAUAGCUGCUCUUAAGUUGCUAGAUUUUGCUUUGGAAAGAGACUUUAACUUGGACUUUAAAAGCUAUGAUAAAGUGCUGGAUGCUCUCUUAGCUGCAGGGAAGACUCUCAAUGCAUAUUCAAUACUGUGUAAAAUCAUGCAGAAAGGAGGGGUCUCAGAUUGGAGUAGCAGCAAGGAUUUGAUUAAGAGCCUUAAUCAGGAGGGAAACACGAAGCAGGCUGAUAUCCUGUCAAGAAUGAUAAAGGGAGGGGAAAAAUCUCAUGAAAACAAGAAAGGAAAGAAACAAGCUUCUUUUGCAGCCUAACGGCGAUGCUUCAAUAUUUUUUCUUUCCUUUUUUUGGUUUAGAGGUCAGAAUAUGGUUGAAUGGUCAGUGGAGAUCGAUAACUAGUUUCAAAUUUCAGCAAAAUAAAUGUUAAGGAAAUCAAUUUAACAUGUUUUGCUUAAUCAUAUUUGACACUGUUAUCCUGUUAAAAAUAUUCAUUGUUCUCGAUUUGAUUAUUGUUGGAGACUGAAAGAAUUACAUUGCGAACUUGAGAAUAUGGUUCUGAUGUCCAAGGAUUGAAGAGGAUGGAUGGCUUCCGAUAGCUCCUUUUCCUAUUCUUUUCUUUGUGCCAUUCUUAUUCACAGACGCUGUAUGGGAAAUUUUGAAUAAAUUCUUUAUACUCUUAAUUUA